CUUACCAAAGAAAAGGAGUUUUAUUUAAUCCAAAACACAUUGAUGAUAUCAUAAGAGCAACACGAUUAUGCUACUGCUCUUAUCUUCACCAUCAUCCUCUUCCUCACUCAUGCAAUCUCUUCCAUUGAAAUUCCUUUGUGCUGUACAAGGACAAGGAGAAUCAAAUCAUGGAUGCACUAAUAAAAACCAAAAGGAUUACAUAGUGCAGGAUGGUUCCAUAUUACAGUCUGAGAAAGUAUUAAGAAGGAAACUUAUGCUUUCUGCUUUGGUCACAGCUGUUGUUUUUCCAACUUUAUCUUCUGAUGCCAAGACGAAAAAUAUGAAUCCAUAUAAUGAAAAACGUGUUUUACAACAAAAUAGGAAUAUACAAAAACAGAACAAUGCACCAGAUGACUUCCCAAAUUUCAUUAGAGAAGGUUUUGAAGUUAAAGUGAUAGCACCAGAUGACUAUAUAAAACGUGGUUCGGGGCUAAUAUACCGGGAUUUUGAAGUUGGUACAGGUGAUUGUCCAAAGGAUGGUCAGCAGGUCACAUUUCAUUAUGUUGGCUAUAACGAAUCCGGCCGCCGUAUUGACAGCACUUAUUUACAAGGUUCUCCUGCCAAAAUCCGCAUGGGUAACAAGGCACUGGUUCCAGGAUUUGAGGAAGGAAUUAGUGACAUGAAAGCUGGUGGAAAGAGAAGAAUCAUUAUUCCCCCUGAUCUCGGACCCCCGGUAGGGCCUUCAACAUUUUUCAGCUCAAAACAAUUUGAAGUAUUUGAUGUUGAAUUAUUAAGCAUACAAAACUGUGAGAGAAGAACAAUAGGAUUUUAUUCUGAUGUUGUAUGCAAUUGAGAUAAAUCUCUCAUGUGAUGUAUACAUUACAGACACCACAAAUAUUAGUUAGGAAGUAAAUUAUGAUAUUGCUUUGUAGCUAUUGUCAAGUAUUCUUUAUUGUUUUGGAUAUGUAUUAUGAAAUUUUCAGUUGAA